AUGAAAUUUUGCACGACUACCUUCUUUGCUCUACUUGCUGCUUCUCUUAGCACAUCGCAUGCAGAACCAUCAUACACCACCGCCAAUCCUCGCUCUUCUCUUCGCAACUUGAAAAAGGACGAUAACAAGGACAACAAGAAGAAGGACGACAAAGAUGUCGUCAUUAGUCGAGAAUGCGAGCUGGAGAUCGACACCGGAACGGAAGUCGAGUUCAAAUGCAAAAGCAAGGACAAGUCGGACCUGCUCAAGACCACCGACAAAAUCAAGUACAAGUGUUCCUAUGACGAGAAGGGACUCAAGAUCAAGGUCAAAUACGAGCAGGAAGUCAAGUCAGAAACUCCCGACAGUCCAAGUCCAUCUGUCAAUGCCGAGGAUCAGAACGUUACUGUAGCAGGCGCAGGUGGCCGCAGUCUAGCUGAACAGAAACAGACUACAGAAACGGAAUACGAAGUUGUUUUUGACCGUCUCAUUGAAUAUGCCAAGCCAGACGGAGUUAUCCCCGCCUCUGCUACAGCCCAGGCCUACAACUUUGACGAGGACAGUACCGUCAGCUCUAUUGAUCUUACAAAAAUGGCACCCUUCUCCAAAGUCAAAAUGGAACCCAAUGGAGACAUCAAGUUCCAAAUUUCGACGCUCGACAAAGUUGCCACCUUUUUCUUUACCAUUUCCCCUGGUGGAGACGGUGCCGAAGUAACUGCGAACAAAAUGAAGAUCGAUGUUGAUAUCAAGGGGUAUCAAUGGCAACAAAGGGCUUCUAACAUGGCCGUUUUGGCCAAUGUCGAGAGUGGAACCGAGGUUGAUAUUGACUACGAAGACGACCAACAAGUUGUUCAACCUGCUAGUGUGGCUGUCAGGUUUGGUACAAGCACCAUUGACACAACAAUUCUUCGUCCAUUUGGGGAGUUUACUUGGGCUCGUGAUGCAGUGGUUUAUACUGUCAGCAACUCGACCGAUGUCACAGAUGCCCCCAUUUUGGUAUCCUCCGCCCAAGCUGGUGAUGUCACUGCUCCUACGAAUGACACAGCUGUUGGAGUCGCCAGCACUACGAUUCAAGUGGUUGCUACAUCGGCAUCGGAUGGCUCCGACAAUAUGGCCUUUAGCUUUGUAGGUCCUGGCGCUCAAAUGGCCGAAGAAAUCUUUUGGGACCCUGAAGCCGGAAUUGGAUAUGCUCCAUCUGGAGCCUUUGGAUUUGGCCUGACCGGAGUAUGUGGCAUGAUGUUGGCUCUCAUUUUUGGGUCAUUCUAA